ACCCCUGAAAUGGUGUUUGUGUUGAAGAGAAAGCAUGUUAUUGUUGUUGUCUUCUUCACUCACCAACCCAUUCAAUUCCUCAUUCCCAAAUGGCUUCAGCAGCCACCAAUUUCUCUCUUUCUCUCCGCACCAAACAGCAAAUUCCAAUCUCUAAGCCCUCCUUCUUCUUCUAUUCCACCAGCAAGAACAACCAUUUGCGCUUCAAAUCUAAUAAAUUUCCUUCACACUCUGUUUCGACCGCUCGCAACUCAAGGAUAUGCGCCACCUCGUCCCGAGUCAUGGAUCCCUCCGCUGCGAAAUCCGAACCCACCCUUCCCACCACCGUCGAAGUUGAUUUGGGUAAUCGGAGCUAUCCCAUUUACAUCGGAUCCGGGUUACUAGACCAACCCGACUAUCUUCAGAGGCAUGUGCAUGGAAAGAGGGUCCUAGUUGUAACCAACAAAACGGUUGCACCACUUUAUUUAGACAAGGUUGUUGAUGCUUUGACAAGGGGAAACCCAAAUGUUUCUGUGGAGAGUGUAAUUUUACCUGACGGUGAGCAGUACAAAGACAUGGAUACUCUUAUGAAAGUCUUUGACAAGGCCAUUGAGUCACGACUCGAUCGACGGUGUACAUUUGUUGCCCUUGGUGGUGGUGUUAUUGGUGAUAUGUGUGGCUUUGCUGCCUCUGCAUUCCUACGUGGUGUUAAUUUUAUUCAGAUUCCUACCACAGUGAUGGCUCAGGUUGAUUCUUCAGUUGGUGGCAAAACUGGGAUAAAUCAUCGCCUUGGAAAGAAUCUGAUCGGUGCUUUUUACCAACCUCAGUGUGUGCUUAUAGACACAGACACGUUGAAUACAUUACCAGAUAGGGAACUGGCAUCAGGGCUUGCUGAGGUCAUAAAGUAUGGCCUCAUUAGGGAUGCAGAGUUUUUUGAGUGGCAAGAGAAAAAUAUGCAGGCAUUACUGGCUAGAGAUCCUAGUGCAUUGGCAUAUGCUAUAAAGCGAUCUUGUGAAAACAAGGCUGAGGUUGUGUCCUUAGAUGAGAAGGAAAGUGGACUGAGGGCAACAUUGAACUUGGGUCAUACAUUUGGUCAUGCUAUAGAAAAUGGGGUUGGCUAUGGGCAGUGGCUUCAUGGAGAGGCUGUUGCAGCCGGCACGGUAAUGGCUGUUGACAUGUCAUAUCGCCUUGGUUGGAUUGAUGAAUCUCUUGUAAAACGAGUUGGAGACAUUUUAAAACAGUCUAAGUUACCCACGGCCCCUCCUGAGAUAAUGACUGUGGACAUGUUUAAAUCUGUCAUGGCGGUUGAUAAGAAGGUAGCAGAUGGGUUGCUCAGGCUUAUUCUUCUAAAGGGUCCUCUUGGUAAUUGUGUAUUCACAGGGGAUUAUGACAGAAAGGCCCUAGAUGAUACGCUUCGUGCAUUCUGUAAAUCCUGAUGUUUUUGUUCCAUGUUUCUAUGGCUGCUUUAUACAACCCAAGUCCUUUUGUAUGUUUGUUGUGUACUUUGGAUUCCGACCUUGUUCCCCACCAUGUAAGCAAGAGUUUAUCAUGAAGUUGUAUUAUUAGAAAUUGAGGCAUGAUCAAUAAUUAUUAUUUGAGCA